AUGAGUAAAUACGGGGAUGGAUCUUACACGCAUUCACUUCCGGUUUUUCUUCGGGCCUUUGACAUAUUUAAUGCGAUCUUACCCCCGUCUUUCUACGUCUCCCUUUUCUUCCAUUUUUCUUUCCACUUUUUCUCUCUCUCUCUUUCUAUUCUACUACUUUCACCAUCUUUCUAUUCGCCUUCAUUUCUCUCUCUACCCCUUUCACUUUUCUCUUUUUCUCUUUCUAUCUUUCUCUCUUUUCCUCACUUUCGUUUCUCCUCGCCUGCUUCUGUUCUUUCUUCUCCUUUCUUCUCUUUUACCUUUCUCCUUUUUCUUUUUCUCUCUUUCUCUAUUUUCCUCAAUUUCAUUUCUCUUUUCUACAUUUCUUUUCUCCUAAUACUUCUCCCACCUAUUUCUUCCUCCUUUCUAUUCUCCCAUUUCUCCCCCACCCCACCCACCUUCAUUCUCGGGUCUUUCCUUCUCUUCUCAUUUUUCUUUUCCUCUUCUCCGCCAUUCCCCUCUUUUCGAUUUUUCCCUUUCUCUCUUUUUCUUUCCCCUGCUACUCACUUCUACUUUUCUCCUCGCUUGUUUCUUUUAUUCUUCUCCCCCUCUCUCCUUUUCUCCUUUCUGCUCUUUUACUUUUCCUCCAUUUCCUCUUUCUCCCAUUCUUUUCUUCUACCUCUUUUAUUCUCACCUCCUACUUCUCCCAUUCUCUUCUCCUUUUCUUUUCAUUUACGCAUCUGA